AUGUCUUCACAGCAUCAUGACAUCUUGGAUAUCGAAGAUGCACUAGUCACACCAUCAAACCCAGCUCGAAACGACUACACCCUAGACUACACCCGCUGUUCAAGACUCCACAACUACAUCGUCGGAUAUCUCUGGUCCGCGCAACACAACUGGGAAACCCCCAGCACAAGCGAGCUAGCAGCGCGUCCAAGAACCCUAGGCUACGAGCCUGACCACGAUAUCUCAGCACUCCGCUCUCGGCUCCACCCAUCCGUCAACAAGCUCAUAGACUUAACCUACGAGUCCGAGAAUCAAUUUUUCUACUUCGUGCACGGGUUAGAUGCGCAACUUGCCGACGAAUGGAUACUAGAGCUAUACGACGAAUACAAUCUUGAAGAGAGGGGUUUGGAGCGAUUCGUGAUUAUAUACGGGACUGUUGCCGAUCUAGGCGGACACUGUAUGGGCAUGAUAUAUGAUCAGGAGCUUCAUCGUGCAACGCUCACUCUGUCGCUUUGGAGUUUCGAUAAUGUUUUUCCCAUUUCGGAGCAUGAUAAUAUGUGGUUUCCUUUAGAGACUAUAUUAAGUCACUGGAUUGAUCUUAUUAAAAUGGGGAAGGUAAUCGCGCAUGAAGAUGAGGGUACUCCCGAGGAAGUGCGAAAGACUAGAUCACAGAUCGGUCCAUGGUCGUGGUUUACAUAUUGUGAAAAGCAGGUUGAUGAUACAGUUGCUGCUAUUGAUAGAUACACAGCUGCUAUUGAAUCUCGAAUGCCAGAGGACUCCUUAUUGGAUUUAUCACGAGAUGCGCAAUUUCUCACAAACGCAGAUCUGGAUGCUGCACUGGUUCCGAAAGAAUGUUUUAUUCGUUCUGUCUUGACGAGGAUCAAAACACCACGAUUCAACAUGAUUGCCCCAGGUCUUGCCGUUUCGCACGAUAAGCAAGCAUUUAUAAAUCGACAGCAAUUCACCAAAUCACCUCCAGUCAGUUCAUUCGAGGGGGAAACCGUUGCGCCAGUUUUAAUAUUUGCAUCUGCGGAUAGCAGUCGCACGGUCCCGUUCAACGAAGAACUCAGACAUUUGUUUUGCAGAACCAGGAUCUGGGAAAAAACAACCUUUAAUGAGAAUGACCCAAUUUAUGCGGGGUUAUACAGUGAGCCUACAGAGCGAGGGGCGCAUGAUAAUGAAGAAGCGGGAUUUCGUCUCGUUUUGCCGUUUGCGUUGAGACCUGAUUAUAGAGAUAAUGGCGCAAGGAAGAGCGAUGGGUCGCAUGUCAGUGCUGGAUCGUUUACUGAGCUCUUCCAGAAUGGUGGUUACUAUGCGUUUGGAGGGGAACAUAGAUCUCAGCGAUUAGAAAGACUUAUGAAUCAGUGGGAGGAGAUGGUUGAAAGUGGUGUGUGGACGGUUGGUGUAGAUGGGGUGGAGGGGGGUAUUGAUCUGUUUCGAGAUGCUGAUCGAGGGGCCUGGAGGGACUACUGGAUAGCUCCUUCAUGGUAG